UCUGUUGUUAGCUGGCACCCCUAGAGUGGGUUUAGAAGGACUUGUAAUAUUUUGUUAACAUUAUACAUAACUUAGGAUUAAGUACACAACAUUUUCUUUCUUGCACAGGUAGAAUUGCAUUACUAUGUUGUUAAUAAAAAAUUUUUAAUAGACAAGUGUGUAUCAUAUUCUGCUGGGAUUUAUGUUUUUUUCUUAAUUGGCUAUUACAUUACUUUUAGUAGAGACAGGUGAAAUUUGGGCAGAAAAUUCAAGUCAACAGAGAAAAAUUUAUUUGGGAAUCUUGGCAAGAAUUUGAGCGUUAAGGGUAUGUCUGGCAGACUUCUAAUAGCACAAUGUGAAGACAUUCCCAUAACACAGCUGUCCUAAAUGCCUACAGUUCUGUAAGCAUGCAGGACACAGCUUGCCAAGACCAAUUCUGUACCUUUUGAAGCAAAGGAGAACAGCCAGUGAUUCUGCACCAAAACCUUCCUCCUUUUGCCAUUCACAGUCUCUGAGGAGGCUAAAAUGUUGGUGCAUACUUUGGAGUGGUACAAGCUGACAGUAUUGUUUCAUUUAGGAGUGAGAUGAUUGUCAUCACAUUGUCAGUGAACUUGAAUGCAGACCUUUAUGGUUGUAUAUUUCUCACACCAGAUGAGUGUUGUAGGUUCUGAAUUGUUCUCCUUCCUAGUCUAGACAACCACCACAAACCAUACUACAGGAUGCUGCAGAAAGAUUUGUGUGUUCUGGUUUAUCAUUCACUUGUGAGGCUUUGCACUCACCUGUGCAGGGACCAUAAGAUUUUGGCAGUGAUAGAAACUAAGUAAGUUUCUGCAUACAAACUGUGCUUAGAAUUAACUUGUUAUCAAUUACUUUGAACACUCAAGAUGGAAACUUUUCUAGAUCUUCCUCUUUACCAUUGCUGUGUAUUUCUUCAGCAUGGGCAGUGUUUUUUGAGUAAUUAUAAACUUCUUUGUCCUGCUAUUAAUUCAUGUUUCAUUUGGGUUUGUCCUCUUUUCUCCUUCUAUCUACUUCCAUACUUGGUGAUUAUCCACAUGCUUCGACUUGGAAAGAAGUUCCACAUUUACUAACUACUUUGGGGUUGUAAAAAGCUACCCAAAUAUGUCUUUUAUAGGCAACAGUAGCCCCUGAAAAUAUUUCUUAUUUCUGUUAGUUAGUUUGAGACAGUUGCUAGAACAGGUCUUGUCUGGUUUUCCAGAAUGUGUGUCAACAGAGAACUGGAUCCUAUCUCUUCUAUUCCCACAAAACUGCUGAAGUAACAUCAAAUUCUGUAGCUGCCAACUGAGGUAUUCAUAAGCUAGGGCUUAUUGUUACAGGAAUCCAGAGGGUCCUGAAGGCAAGUUGAGACUAUGAGGCAGCUUAAGUGCUCCCUAUUCCAGAGAUGCCUCUCCCUGUUUUCUAUGGAGCAGACUUCCCUCUGAGGUAUCCUGCCAAAGCUCCAUAGCUCUUGUUGAGCACAGGUGAUGCUUCAGAGCAUGUACAACCAUAUUACAAAAGGAUCCUGCCACUAUUCAUAAGUUAGUUUUUACUAAAUCAGUCGUGAGGGAAGGAAAUUGGUAGAAGCCUUCUUUUUAACAUAGGAUACUUCUUCAACUAUCAGGUUAAAAAAAACCCAAACCACCUUCCACUGAGACUCUUAAACAGACAUCCUUUGUCUGGAUUCAGCUGUAUUCAGAAAUGGCAAUGCCCUGAAGAAGACAUGUUGUUCCAAGCUACCUAGAAGCAUUUCAUCAGUCCUGAAGGUGUUCUAGAGUGUACCACACUUUCUGAUAGCACUUUCUCUAUUCCUUUAGAGAUUUUUACCACAUAUCGCUCCUUGUUGCUAGAACAAUUGUACUAAACUUCUCUGGCCUAAUGGCAGUAAGAUAAAUAAGAAAUACAAGUUGUGAGCAAGUUUUGCUCUCUGUAACUUGGCCUUAUCCAUCUAUAUCUUUAGAUCUAGUUCAGCUUAUAGCCAUGGGAAAGUAAAAAUGGUGAAACCUCCUCAACAGUAUUAUUGACUAAAACCACAGGUUAGGGACCUUUCCUUAAGAGGAAUGAUUGAGGUAAAAAGGCUGAGUAUUUCUGUAACAGCCUAGCUCUGCUUUAGCAGACUGCAUUGUAUCAGUCUAUACUGUUUACUUUGGUACAGAAGACUCUGUAACAAAGGUUUGUCUAACUAUAAUAUAAAGCUGUUUGCCUCAAGAAAACUCAAGCAGAAGGUAAGUAAACUAACCUCCGUAUUCUGCAACAUUAUUGUAGACUUCUGAAAUUAUUUUUCUCUACUACAUUAAUAUUUAAAGUGUGUAGUAGUCUAGAUAACUUAGAGGUAUAGAUCUAAUUAUUUUGGACAGUUGUAACGAUGAGAUCAAAAUAUUUUUUGCGCAAUUUUAAUUUUGAGGAUUUAUAGUAAUAAAAAUGCAUUUUCAGUAUUUACUGAAGCAAUGGAUAUCUACUGAUGCUGUGUACGUAUGACUCACCCGUCUCUCAUUCUUAGAAAAGGACGUUUCUUUUACCAGAAGGAUCCUUCAAUCAAUAUUGUGUAACGGUACUCAAAGCAUACUCCUGUGUACUGCGCUGUCACUAUUUUAAAAGCAUUGUUGACUGCCUCUGUCCGGUUUGAACUGAAUGUACCUUUCACAAAUGUUGACAUCAUUUUGAACUAAUAGGGUUAAUUUUGAAAAACAAAUUCAUUCUGAAUUCUCAAAUUCAUUCAUUCUGAGCAGCUGCUCAUGCCUUAAUAAAAGUAUGCAAUGUAUUAAAGAUGUUUCUUAAACAUAUACUGAAAAGUACUUAGAAAAAAGUAUAAGCAUUAACAUUUUAAUAAUUAGAAAUUACCUCAGUUGUUGUACUUAGAAAGAAGUAUUUAAUGACACCUGAAGUGUACUUCUGAAAAUUCUAUUCUCAAAAUAAGAGUAAUGGUUUGGGAAAAUUUCAUUAUUAUUAACUGUAUGAUUUAAUAACCUGUGACAGGCUCACUAAGAGAGCACCAUGAGUAACAUAACUUCAGCAGAUCAAAUGCAGUUGCCUUCAUGAAUGUAAUGAUUCAGAUCUGUCUUGGUGUUUGACAUUUAUGCCCUAAGCCAGAACCUGAUAGUUUCAUGUUUCAAAUGUCUUUCCUGCUGUUCUGAUUCAUAUAGUAGUGAUUUCAGACACCCAUGGUCCCUGAAAUUGUACCCUGUAAUCCAGAUGAGGGCACAGACAUUUUUCUUUUUCAGUUUACUCAUAUCCUAAUUCUCUGUCAUGCUUAUCUAUUUCAAUUCCCAUGUUUUUCUUAUUUUUGAAGUUGCCUUCCCAAGCACUGACCCCACUUUCCAGACAACUUCCGUCAUCUUGGUCACCCAUUGAUCACAAGAUUCUCCAGGUUGACUGUAGUGACUUGUUCUCAAGGACUGUUGGGUUUUCACAUUCAGGCAUGUGCAACUUUACUUCUCCACCAGUUCCAGACAGUUUUCUUUGUGACUUAGAAGAACUCAAUUCUUUGGCAUUAGCAACCUCCCAAACUGUAGCAAUCUCCUCAGGUAAUAGCAUUCACCACGUUAAGGAUGGUCACUUUAUGCCAAAUACAGAGGUGUUUCUCAGCUCUCCUACAGAUCUCCCUCUGUCCUCUCUUGUAUCUCCCUCUGUCUCAUCUUCAGCCAGCUCUUCUCAUGAUAUAGUAUAUAAGCAUGUCAUCAACAAUACCAAGUCAGGAAAAGAGAAACACUUAGAAAGCAUAAUUGACCCUUUAGUUAUUGAAGUACCUAGAGGUUUGUCAGAUAUUACAAGAGAAGGUGAACAUGGCGCUGUGUGUAACAUCCCUUCGCCAUAUGAAGAAGGUUCCUUGUCCAGUGUGCUAGCUGCAAGUGCUGAAAAUGAAGAGGAAAUCUGUACUGCAGACCUGUCACUUAAUAGAGAAGAUCAGACAGAACCUCAAGAAUCAGAUUUCUCCGAAGAAACACAAGACACAACUGAAGAAUUGACUAGACUGUAUAUAGAGGAGGAUCUGGUACAUGACAAUUUAGAAUUCCCAAUAGCAAGUGGAGAAGAUUCUAUGGAUUGUUACGAAGGAUAUACUUCACCAGAUAUUUUUAAGGCACCUACUUCCCACUCCGUUCCUACAAUAUCCCUGCCUACUGCUUCCCUCUCUGCUCCUCUCCUCUCUAAACCCUUACAGCAGCAGGAGAAAGACUCACUACAGUUAAAGGUAACUGCACCUCUUCAAUAUGGAUUGUUGCAAAUCUUGGUGUCUAUUAAAUAACUGCAAGGCUAACACUGAGUUUGGUCUUCUCAGACGUACUGUUUUCUCUACUAAUAUUAAAUAACAUAAGAAAUGGAGAACUGAUAGGCCUUUUUCAAGUGAAACACAAGGUAAAACUAUAACCAUUGUAAAUACAAUCAAAUAGUUUAGGAGAUACCAGUAAUAGGAAAGCAGAAAACCUUCUACUCAAUUUCAGGUUCAUACCAGGACAGCAAUGUGAGUGAGUUAAUUGAAUGUAACAGAACUGUAUUCCAGUAUGCAGGAACUAGAUAACAUUUGCGUUUCUGCUUUCAAUUUCAAUCCAAAGCCUGGGAGAAAAGUCAUAAAUUUCACAGGAAAGCACCACUGCUGAGGGUCAUGUUCUAAAUACCAAUUCUGUUAGUCAAGGACUAGACAAAAAUUAUUCCCUCUUCAGGACUACAGUUUGUGUCAGCAUUGAAGCUCUGUGGCAGAAAAAUGAAAACUUGCUCUAGAAAGACAAAGUUAAUUUGCAGUGCUGACUUCCAGAAGAUUUGUCUGCUCAUGAAACAGGGAAAAGUAAUGUAAAGAGAAACUACCCUAGAAAAGUGAUCAUUGCAUCAUUACAUCUAUGUCAUAAAUACCCUCCUUUUUUUUUCUUAAGAUCUACCCCAUUUUACAAUGUGCAAUCAUAGAAAACAUAGACAUAAUGAACUUAAAGAAGUCUUAAGAUCAACAAAUCUGUUGGGUUUUUUUCUGAAGCAGGGAAGAGACAUAAGGCUUCUUUCCAGGGGAUGAAUCUGUCAUGAGCUUAGGUUUGUUCCACCUCAAAGAAGGGGUAAAAUAGAGUACUGCACUUAUUUCUGCAGCUUUUAAUAAUGUAGCAGUUGGUAGAUUGCUUUUGGUGCUUUUGCUUAGCCCAACCAGAAAAAUUAAGAACAUUCCUCAUCUACACUGAAAUUCUUUUUAGGUGACCUAUAUAUUCUUUGUCCUUAUUUGAGCAAGGUGUGUUAAUCUGAACUGAAAAUAAAUAGAAGGAAUAUAUGUUCUUGAAACUGUAUACUGAUACUUCAGUAACUUUUGUUAAUUUAAAAAUACAUAUGUAUACACACACACACACACACACACACAUAUAUAUAUAUAUAUAUUUGCUAUGUGGCUUAAAACUAAAUGGAAUACAAGCAACUAUGGGUGGGAAGUGUCACUUCACAUUUUGUUGGUGGGAGAGAUGUGUCCUCCAAAAAAAGAAGUCUGAAGACAAAUCCUGAGGAGAAAUGCUGACAUUUUUCUGCCUCCUCAGCCUCUUGGUAUCUUUUUUUGCUGUUCUUAUUCACCCCUCUCCUAAGAGGUGGCUGGUUUUGAGGGGUUUUUUUGUUUAGUCACAUUCUACUGACAGUCACAAAUACCAAAGAAAAGGUUUCCAGUAUAGCACUCUGCUCUCCUCCCAUUCCCCCCAGCUCACCCCUGCCCAUGAGAUUUCUCAUGGGCUGCACACACACCCCUUAAUAACUGAAUUCAGACAAACAUGAAGCUGAUUUGUUGUGAUGCUGACAAAAUGAGGAUACUUUCACGGAGUACUUUCCACCAAGUAUUUCUUUGCUUUCUAAAUGCAAAUCCAGGGGGUGUGUUCUGUUUAACAGCAAGGGAUUACAUUCACCAUUGGUAUUUCUAAGGUAGCAUUUCUGCUCUGUGCUGUUGAGCUUUUCUGUGUUAUUAUCUGAGCCACUUCAGGGGGUACAGAUGCAAUAACUGUACACAUGCAAUAACUGUUCCAAUUGCAUAUGCUAUACAUGAUUCAUCUUCUAAUUGUAACAUGUAAGGGCAUGUACCAGAGCAGGAAACCCUUGGGAAAAAAAGACACAGUGGUAGCAGUGAAAAUAGCAAUGAAAAUACUGUGUACUAACAGUACCCCUCCUACCUGUAACAGUUGCUUUUUGUUAUCAGGAAAAGCAUGUCUGACUUGCAUGUAUGAAUGAAUGAAGCAACAAAAAUCCCAUGGUGCUUCAUUCUUAAACUCUUGCUUGACAAAGUUUUUGUGGUUCUUCUAGGCUAAUUUAAAGAGGGAGCUAUUUGUUAUGGGUAAACCUCCUCGUAGCCCAGUGAUGACUAGGAGAUCCUGCAGCUCACCUGUCAGAGGUCACAGCUAUUCACACAGGGUAUGGUACUGGAUGCCCAGUGUGCAGUAACAGCUUUUCCAUGGACAAGGAGCUCAGUGUCUAGUCUUUCAGUAUUUUGCUUUUACCCAAGUGUCUCAAUACUAUCAGUAUGCUGUGUUUUCUUCCUGUUGUGCUUCUGUGCUAUGACUGAGUAAAGGCAACAGGUCUGUGUGUGCCUGAACUUUUUCUAUAAAUCUACUAGUGUAUUGUAUCUCUGCAGUACUGCGUGGUAUUUCCAGUGCUACAAGGUGUUUCUAUUUAGUUCUUUAUAGUUAGUCUAGUUCUAUUAAAAUUACUCCUCUCUUUCAAAGCAUUUUUAGUUUAUUAAAAUUAGAGCUUUUAGGAGUAAAAAAUUAUUUUCCAUUUCAUAUAUACAGGCUUUUGCAUGUAUACAGACUGAAUUUUUUGUUUUGAAUCCAUGUCCUUCUUUUCAAAAUGUUUUGCUCCUGCCACAUUUUUUUCACUCAAUACUGCCCUCUUUAUCCAAGCAUUCCAGAUUUUAAUACUCUUUAACCUUUCAUCUGUAAUGUGACUGUAACACAACUCUAAUAUUUUCACCUAGCCAGAAACUCAGGUUGUUUCGAAUUUGCAUGGAUUUUGCUCAAAAAGGUAAUCUACAUUAUGAAAAA